AUGGAGGAAAGGACAACGGAGGUGGAAGAAAACGGAGGAUGGAAGGCACCGGAGGGUGGAAGGAAGGACAAUGGAGGGGUGAGUGGACACGAGGAAAGGAGGAUGGACAACGGAUGGAGGAAGGACAAAAGGAGGAAGGAGGAGAGAUGGAGGAAUGGAAUGGAGGGUGGAAGAAUGAGGAAGAAUGGAGGGUGGAUGGAAGGACAACGGAGGAUAGUGGAUGAUCAGAAGAAUGGAGGAAAAGGAGGGUGGAUAAUGGAUAAAGGUGACACUGUCAGCAGUACCCUGGAGUCGAGCUGCUUAACGGACUUGGACUGUUCAUCAGUCAGGAAGUUUGUGUGCUUCACGAAGACCUGCAAGUGUAUACCAGGGUACAGCUUCAACCCUGCCAACAACAGUUGUACAAGACAGAGGAGGAGGAGUGGUGAGAAAGAUAACGGGAGGACGAGAGAGGAGGAGGAGUCAGAGAGACAACGGACGAGACAAAGAGGAGGAGGUGAGAGAGACAACGUGAGGACAGAGAGGAGGGGUGAGAGAGAUAACGGAGUGGACGAGAGAGGAGGAAACGGAGACAACAACGGAGGACACAGACAGGAGGAGGUGAGAGACAACGGACUGAGUGGACAGAGACAACGGACAACGGAGAGACACAUAACGGAGGGACAGGUGAGAAAACGACAACGUGGACGGACACCGAGGAUAACGGAGAGGAGAGACAACGGAAGGACAGGAGGAGAGACAUGGACCGACAGAGACAGGAGAGGAGGUGAGAGAGACAACGAGGACAGAGGAGAAGAGAGACAACGGACGGAGGAGGAAGGAGACAACGGAGAGGAGACAACGGAGGAGAGAGAGAGGAGAGACAACGAGAGAGACAACGGAGUGGACAGAGGAAGGAGAGAGACAACGACAUGGAAGGAGAGGACACAACGGAGGACAACGGGAGGAGAGAGAACGGAGGACAGAGUGAAUUGGAGAGAUAACGGACGGACAGACAGAGGAGAAUGGAAGGACACAGAAGGAGGAGAGACAACGGACAGAGUGGAAGGAGAGAGACAACGGACAGAGGAAGGAGAGAGGAGACAACGACGACGGACAGGAAGGAGGAGAGACAACCUGAGUGGACAGAGGAGGAGUGAGACACAACGAGACCAGAGGAAGGAGACAGAGGAGAUAACGGAGAAGGACAGGGAGAGAGACAACGUGACGGACAGAGGGAGAGAGAAAGGAGGAGACAACGGACCGGACAGGAGUGGAGAGAUAACGGACCGGACAGGAGAGAGAUAA